AUGGAGGAGAACAUCGCCUCCUACCUCAAGUUUCUAGAAGGUAACUACCGCAAGAUGCUGAUCGAGACCUCGGAACUGUCCAAUACCAUGCGCUCCAGCGAGAAGGCGCAGGCCGAGCUGCACGAGAGCAACCUGGAGCUGGAGCGCUUCAAGGGGGAGCUGCGCACUAUCAACGUGGAGCUACAGAGCGUGCGGGUGGAGCUGCGCAAGACCACCCGCGAGCUGGACGAAAUCAAGGCGUCCAAGGACGACCUGGCCAGCGAGAUGGCCGAGAAGGAGGCCAGCUGGAGGCGCGAGAAGGAGGGGCUGCUCCAGUGCCGGGAGGGCUCGCAGGAGGAUGAUGCGAGUUUGAUGGGAGGCCGGACCGCUCCGGAGGAGAAGGAGGCGGUGGAGGAGGCCAAAGAUUGUGCUGAGAAGGAGAAGGAUGAGAAAACUUGGAGGGAGGAGGAUAAAAAUAGAGGGGAUAACAUCCACGAGGAGGAGGAGAAAAGGGCGCAGGACAAGGAGUACAACCACCAAGGGAAGAAACCUGGACAAAAGGAGGAGGAGCAAAACACAGAGGAGGCAGAGGUGGAGAACAAGGAUUUGAAAGAAAAGGACGAGGAGAAAUUAAAUGGAGACGUGAUAAACUGUGACCAGAAGGAGAAGAAAGAACCAAAACAGGAGGACACAAAGACUGACAGCAACCCGAGCGAGCAGACAGAGAGUGAGGAGGAGGUGAAAGAGAGGAAAAAUGAGGAGAACCAGGAUGAUGAGGAAAGGCAGAGCACCAGUGACCAGGAGACGGAAUAUAUUGCACAGAAGGGUUCUGCUGAAGAAGACCAGAAGGAGGGGAAAAUAAGGCUGAAGGAGGUGGAAGAGGAGCAGGAGGUAAAAACUGGGCUAGAGAAUUUAGCAGAAGCGGAGGAGGGGACAAGCGGGCUUACGAAUUUAGCUGAAGAGGAGAAAGAAAAAGACCAGAAGGAGAAGGCAACGAUUUCGCAGGAGGACAAAAACGAGGAGCUACGAUGGGACGAGGGGAAACGGAAGGAAGCCAAACCGGAGGAGGAGUGGAAAGGGCGUCUGUCCAAAGACAAGGAGGCGAGAAUGGAAGAGGAGUGGAGGGAGCGUCUCAGCAAACAGCGGGAACAAGGACGCAAGGAGGAGGAACGCAGGAAGGAGAAGGACCGCAAGAUCAAGGACGGCUGGGUGGAGAGGGAGAAGAGGGAGGAGGAGCGGCGCAGGGAGCGGGAGAAGAAGCUCAGCGCCGAGUGGAAGGAGCGGGAGAAGCGGGAGGGCGAGAAGAGGAGGGAGCGGGAGCGACUCAAGGCCGAGAAGAAGGUCAAGGAGUUGAAGGAGAAAGAGAAGAGGAAGGAGGAUUGGUGGGACAGCGGUGAAGAGGAGGAGGCCGAAGAGAGGAGGGAGCGCGAGCGCAGGGACAAGGAGGAGUCCAAGGAGAAGGAGAAACUGCGGGUUGAGUGGAAGGAGCAAGAGAGGAGGGAGGAGGAGAAACGCAAGGAGAGGGAGAGGAAACUCAAGGCCGAGUGGGAAGAGAUGGAGAAGCGAGACAAGGAGAAGAGGAAGGAGAGGCAGAGGAAGAAGAAGAAGCAGGAGGAGAGGAGAAGAGGAGCGGGCCAGGAGGACAGAGAGGGCUCCUUCUUCCGAAGGGUCCUCAGCCUCAUCUGCAUCGACAAGAAAGAACAAAGUUAA